AUGCGAGAGCCUUCUGAAAAGUCAAAGAAGGCCAAGAAGGCUAAAUUAGGAGAAACCUCUAGGUCAAGACCUCCAGUCCCUCUGACUGAUUCUCCAAGUAAGUCUCUGCCUCCUUGUCGCUCUAUAAAUUUAAAACAAAUUGCUUCUUCUCUUCCCCAAACCACUCCCAUCUACACCCAAUUUGAAACCCCACCCUCUACCACUAAACCCUCUAACCCACCAUCUCAAAAAUUCAAUCUCUCCACCACUACCUUACCUGUUUCUAUAGCAGAAAUGCUAAAUGAAACCACCUCACCUUCAUCCUCUACACCUUCCUCUCUACCAUACUAUGUUCUCUCCUCAGACUUAGAACCCUCUGACCCCCAAUCCCCCACACUAGCCCAACUUCAGGCACAUGCUCUUGCCUCACAACAACAACCACAACCUGAACCAGAAGCCAUCACUCCACCUCCUGGACAACAAAAUCCACCACAAUCUGAACAACCACCAACACCACCUCCUGCACAACCAGCAACUCCACCUUCUGAACAACAACCAAGUCCACCACCUAAACAAAUAACAACACCUGAACAAACAUCACUACCACCCUAUGAUAUUCCCACCAUACCAACCUUUGAGGACAUUAUCAUCCCUACUCCUUAA